UCCCGAAGCGGCCACCGUCACAACCACCACAAUAUCCUAGCGCCAGACUUUGACGUCCGCGAAACUGAGCGCGCCUACUUCCUCGAAGGUGAAUUCCCAGGGAUACGCGAUCGAGAGAGCGUACGACUGGAGUGGGUGGACUGCCGAACCCUUGCCAUCGAAGCUAAAAUCGUACGGGUCGAGCUAGAAAAUGAAUGGGGAGGCUUGAAAUUGGCAGAGGCGGAGGGCCAGAAGGGUGCUGCACCCGUAGUUAGAGAGUGGUUGAGUGAGAGGAGGGUGGGUCAUUAUCAGCGCACGUUUACGUUUCCCGCGGACGUAGAGGCGGGCGGUGUGAGGGCGAGGUUGGGGCAGGGCUUGUUGAGGAUUUUGGUGCCAAAGCUUAGAGAGAGGACGAUGCAGGCUAAGAAGGUAGAGGUC